AUGUUCAGUAUUAAACAAUCAUUGACAAAAUAUUUACCUGAGGUUGUUUAUGUGACAAGUGGUAUUUUGAAAGUGAAUAGUACUUAUGAAGAAAUCAAGAAUGAAUUUCCGUUUAUCUCCCAAGAAACUGUUAUGAAUGUGGAUGAUUCUUUAAAUGUGUCUGAUGAAGCAUUGGUCAACAUUCUAAUCAAUGAAAGUUAUCGCUUUGAAAAUUUAGUUUUCAAUAUAUGCAGUAAUCUAAAUGAUGUAGGUGUUAAAUUGAUCAUUGUUGAAGCUUUUAUAACUCCACCAACAAAUAUUGAUGUGAAAGUUUAUCGACCAUAUCCUGCAGAUAAUUCAAAUUACUGUCUUUAUGAUGAAUGGUUUAUUGAUAUGGUGAUGAUAUUAUCACCAGGAAAUCACAAUUUAUUGAAUAAUUUAUUUAGUCCAUCAUUCAAUAAACUGUAUUAUGGAUACAUUGAAUAUUUAUUUGCUUAUUAUAAUGGUACCAAUAUAGUGAAUAAUUAUUCAAUUCAGUUUAGUAAUUUCAUAUAUUUAGGCAAUCGCUCUAUGACAGACCAAAUCAAACAUGAUGCAGAAAGUUUGGAAGACGACAUCGAUGAGCUAAACGAGGGCAUAUAA